GUAAAACAGACAAACACUGGGGAAUCGCUGUACUUUACAUCAAGUUUUCCGGACGGCUGAUGGUGAUUUAAUUCUUACUAAGUGGAUGACCGGUGUCUUACAUCGUUCAAACACAGGAGCGACAGAUCUUUCAGCGUCACGCAGUCGAGAUCAAAGCGCCUUCUGAGAGCCAGCGAGAUGGACAUUUCAGGGGACAAGGUUCCUCGGCGGCCCCUGGCCAAACUGAUGUUCUACCUGCGCGCGGUGGCGCACUGUGUGGACAUCGAGGACUUGUGUGACGUUCGGAGAUGGACGGAUUUCCCUCACUAUCACCUGUUGACGGGGCAGGAGGCGGACGGUGUGGCCCGCCUGUGUUUUGUCCUGUCCCCGGACGUCCUCCAGUUAAAGUGUCUCAAAGAAAACGAUUCCAACCGCGGGGGCUUUGACACGGUGUUCUAUGACAGUGACUACGCCAAAACACGGUGGGAUCACGCGGUGUCGGACAGCAUCACAUUGCAGGGUAGCGUCCUCCGUGUUACGAGGGUAAUGGAGUGUAGAACAGAUUGGUUACAGGAGUUUUAUUACCAACCAAUUAAGCACUAUGAGCAUGUAAUGGAGGGCGCUAAAAUGACUUUCAGACUCGAGUCUUCUUCGCCAAGACUUGCCAGGAAUUCACAGACAACAUAUGGCACGUUCUGUACAGCGAGCUGUGUGUGACGAACGUGUUCGAACGAUUACCGGGUACCUCCUCAUGUCAUACUGGCAGUCCAAGAUUCUCUGUGGGUCUGAGUGUGUAUAAAUUAGCAUUUUGUACUUUUUUAUCAUUCAGAUGUUUUGUAUCCACCUUUUGUCUGUUUUAUUCAUACAAUGAUUUUCAAAGUGUGUUCAACAAAGUUGUUAUUCAUUAAAAAUUCAUCAUUA